AUGGAAAAAUGGUGGUUAAAUUCAAUGUUGUCUAAUGAGGAUUUAGGGCGCAGGUGUGGACUAAGUGCGAGUCUUGGCCCUAUUGGAAAUACCAGCGGGAGUGAAGAACCCAUUAUAAAUGAUAGUGAGAAAAACGUUAAUAGUUGGAGUGGUAGGGGCAGUUAUAGUUGCAGUAAUGUUGAUUAUUUACUCAACUUGGGCGGUGUCAAGGACGUUUGGAGUCUCAUCUCUGGUGAGACUUUUUGGGUUAGGGAUAGUAAUGGUGACAGUUAUUCCAUAUAUUUCGAUAUUGAAAAUCAGAUUUUUGAGAUUGACACUGAUAGUUACUUUCUGGGUGAACUAGAAAGUUUAUUUUCUAGUUAUCUGAAUCUAAAUAAUGGGUCUAAGAGUUACAAUCGCUAUUAUGAUCAUUACGUGUAUGAUACUAGGCAUAGUUGGAAGAGUCACAUAAAUAGUUGCAUUGACAGUUAUAUUCGUUCUGAAACCAAUAUGGAUAGUUGCAUUCCAAAUGGUAGCAACAAUUCAAGUGACAAUUACAUUUAUAGUUACAUUUGUAGCGAUAGUGAAAGGGGUAGUGACCGUGGGAGCUCCAAUCUAAAAACUAGUGGUGUUAGUGACAGUGAUUUCGGAAGACAUAAUGAUUUAGAUAGAAAUAAAAGAUACAGACAUUUAUGGGUUCAAUGUGAAAAUUGUUAUGGAUUAAAUUAUAAGAAAUUUUUUAGUUCAAAAAUGAAUAUUUGUGAACAAUGUGGAUACCACUUGAAAAUGAGUAGCUCAGAUAGAAUCGAACUUUUGAUUGAUCCAGGCACUUGGGCCCCUAUGGAUGAAAACAUGGUCUCUAUGGACCCUAUUGAAUUUCAUUCUGAGGAGGACCCUUAUAGGGAUCGUAUCAAUUCUUAUCAAAUAGAGACGGGUUUGGCUGAGGCUGUUCAAACAGGCAUAGGCAAACUCAAUGGUAUUCCUAUAGCAAUUGGUGUUAUGGAUUUUAAGUUCAUGGGGGGUAGUAUGGGAUCCGUAGUAGGCGAGAAAAUUACACGUUUGAUCGAGUAUGCUACUGAUAGAUCUCUCCCAGUUAUUAUGGUGUGUGCUUCUGGAGGAGCGCGCAUGCAAGAAGGAAGUUUGAGCUUGAUGCAAAUGGCUAAAAUAUCUUCCGCUUUAUACAAUUAUCAAUCAAAUAAAAAAUUAUUCUAUGUAUCAAUCCUUACAUCCCCUACAACUGGUGGAGUGACAGCCAGUUUUGGUAUGUUGGGAGAUAUCAUUAUUGCCGAACCCAAUGCUUACAUUGCAUUCGCGGGUAAAAGAGUAAUUGAACAAACAUUGAAGAAGACAGUACCUGAGGGUUCACAAGUAGCGGAGUAUUUAUUCAAUAAGGGUUUAUUUGAUCCAAUCGUACCGCGUAAUCUUUUAAAAGGUGUUCCGAGUGAGUUAUUUCAGUUCCAUGGGUUCUUUCCCCGCCCUUGA